CUGGCCUCACUCCUGCAGCCACACCCCCUGUGCAAAUUGCAAAGUGGAACCUCUGUGUUACCGGUGUUGUUGCUGCUGAGACGCCGCACAGCAGGACGGACAGGAAGUCGGGGCGGCGUGUUGUCGUGUUUUGGAAGAGUUUCUCUUUUUUUUUUUAGUGCCGCUGUAUUUUAAAGAUGGAGAAUGUGACGGAAGGCACGUGGAGAAGUUUACCCGUUAAACUUAACGAAAAGAUUUUUCAGACUCUCGACGAGCUGGGAUUCACACACAUGACACCAGUCCAGUCUGCGUGCAUCCCUCUGUUUAUGAAGAAUAAAGACGUGGCGGCUGAAGCGGUGACAGGCAGUGGGAAGACCUUGGCGUUUGUUAUUCCCAUAUUGGAAAUACUGCUCAGGAGAGAGGAGAAGUUGAAGAAAAUGCAGGUUGGUGCUCUGGUCGUUACACCAACACGAGAGCUUGCCAUUCAGAUCAAUGAAGUGAUGGAACAUUUUACUAGGCAUUUCCCACAGUUCAGACGGAUUCUUCUUAUCGGUGGGAGUAAUCCAAUUGAAGAUGUGGAAAAAUUCAAAGAACUUGGAGGAAACAUCAUCAUUGCCACUCCAGGGCGUCUGGAGGACAUGUUCAGGAGGAAGGCGGAUGGGCUGGACCUGGCUAGCAGUGUGAAGACCCUCGACGUCCUGGUUUUAGAUGAGGCGGACAGGCUUCUUGACAUGGGAUUUGAAGCAAGCUUGAAUACCAUUCUCGGGUAUUUACCCAAGCAGAGGAGGACAGGCCUGUUCUCAGCAACGCAGACCCAGGAGGUGGAGAACCUGGUGAGAGCCGGACUGCGUAACCCAGUACGCAUCACAGUGAAAGAGAAAGGAGCCACGGAGAGCAGCACACAGAAAACACCAGCCAGACUGCAGAACUACUACACGGUCUGCAGAACAGAGGAGAAGUUUAACCUGCUCGUGGCAUUUCUUCGACAGCACAAACACGAGAAACACCUGGUUUUCUUCAGUACGUGUGCCUGUGUGGAGUAUUACGGGAAAGCCUUGGAAGCCUUAGUUAAAAAUGGAACGAUACUUUGCAUUCACGGGAAAAUGAAACAUAAGCGCAACAAAAUCUUUACAGAGUUUCGUAAGUUAAAAAGUGGCAUUCUGGUUUGCACUGAUGUAAUGGCGAGAGGUAUCGACAUUCCUGAGGUUAACUGGGUCUUGCAGUAUGACCCUCCAAGCAGUGCCAGUUCUUUUGUCCAUCGCUGUGGACGGACCGCUCGCAUUGGCAAUCAGGGCAGUGCUCUUGUAUUUUUGCUUCCUAUGGAAGAAUCUUAUGUCAACUUCCUGGCCAUUAACCAGAAGUGUCCAAUGCAGGAGAUGGCCCCCAUAAAGGACAUGGUAGAUGUCCUUCCCAAAGUGAAGUCUCUAGCCAUGGCAGACAGAGCUAUGUAUGAGAGGGGAAUGAGAGCCUUUGUGUCGUGCGUACAAGCAUAUAACAAACACGAAUGCAGCCUCAUCUUCAGAGUAAAGGAUCUGGACUUUGCAAGUAUGGCUCGUGGCUUUGCAUUGUUAAGAUUGCCAAAGAUGCCUGAGCUAAAAGGAAAGAGUUUCCCAGGCUUUGUACCCGAACUGAUAGACACAGACUCCAUCCCCUACAAAGAUAAGAACAGGGAGAAGCAACGACAGAAGAUGCUGGCAGAAAUGCGACAGCAGAGACCGCAGGACCGAGUCAGGAAGAAUUUUACUAAGAACAAGGCGUGGUCCAAACAGAAAACAAGGAAGGACAAGAAGAAAAAGAAAGCAGACAAAAGAAAGAGAGAGGAGGGCUCGGACAUUGACGACGAGGAUAUGGGUGAACUGCUCAAAGACACCCGAUUGUUGAAGAAGCUGAAAAAGGGCAAAAUCACGGAGGAGGAUUUUGACAAGCAAGUGAUAACAGGACCGAAGUCAGAAAACAGAAAGGGAGGCAACCACGAGCAGGAUGAUUCAGAGGAGGACGAGUAGUGGAAAAGGACAUGCCAAUAAAUCAUUUUGUUACCCUGA